AUGUCCUAUUUUACCAGUGCUCUUGCAAAUGUGACUUUCACGAGUAGGCUUACCAUCUAUAAAGGUACCAAGAGCUGGACCACACCGCACACUCCUUGGGGUGUGGCAAGGAAGCAUUCACGCCCCUACCUCACUGUGCAUGCCUCCACAUAUCCCCCACAUCCCCUUCCCUCCACAUCCCCUCCCCUCCACAUCCCCUCUCAACCACAUCCCCUCACCUUCACAUCCCCUCACCUUCACAUUCCCUCCCCUCCACAUCCCCUCGCCGCCACAUCCCCUCUCCACCACAUCCCCCCACCUCCACAUCCCCUCCCCACCACUCCCCUCGCCUCCACAUCCCCUCGCCUCCACAUCCCCUCUCCACCACAUCCCCCCACCUCCACAUCCCCUCCCCACCACUCCCCUCGCCUCCACAUCCCCUCACCUCUAACUGCCCUCAUUGCGUGCAGAGACCUCUUCCGGAAUCAACUCACCACCAUGCCUUCUGCCAUCAAUGCUGACGUGUAA